AUGGCGGCGUCGGUGAGCGUGGAGCCCUCGGGGCCCUGCUGCUGGGACGAGCCGCUGCGCAUCGCCGUGCGCGGCCUGGCCCCCGAGCAGCCCGUCACGCUGCGCGCGUCCCUGCGCGACGAGAAGGGCGCGCUCUUCCGGGCCCACGCGCGCUACUGCGCCGACGCCGGCGGCGAGCUGGACCUGGCGCGCGCGCCCGCGCUGGGCGGCAGCUUCGCGGGGCUCGAGCCCAUGGGGCUCCUCUGGGCCCUGCAGCCCGACAGGCCCUUCUGGCGUCUGACGAAGCGGGACGUGCGGACGCCGCUGGCCGUGGAGCUGGAGGUGCUGGACGGCCACGGCCCGGAGCCCGGGCAGCUCCUGGCCCGCGCGCUGCUGGAGCGCCGCUUCCUGCCGCCGGGGGUGCGGCGCCAGCCGGUGCGCGCGGGCCGGGUGCGCGCCUCGCUCUUCCUGCCGCCAGGCCCCGGGCCCUUUCCUGGCAUUGUGGACAUGUUUGGAGUUGGAGGUGGCCUGCUGGAGUAUCGAGCCAGCCUGCUGGCUGGCAAGGGCUUUGCUGUCAUGGCUCUGGCUUAUUACAACUAUGACGACCUCCCCAAGAGCAUGGAUACCCUCCACCUGGAGUACUUUGAAGAGGCCGUGAACUACCUGCUCAAUCACCCUCAGGUGAAAGGCCCAGGGAUUGGGCUGCUUGGACAUUCCAAAGGGGGUGAACUCGCUCUUGCCAUGGCCUCCUUCCUGAAGGGCAUCACAGCUGCCGUCAUAAUCAACGGUUCCAUAGCUAAUGUUGGGGGGACCUUACACUACAAGGACGUGACCCUGCCCCCUGUGGGUUCCAACAGACGUCGAAUCAAGAUGACCAAAGAAGGCUUUGCAGACAUUGUGGACGCCAUGAACAGCCCUUUGGAAGGGCCUGGCCAGAAGAGCCUAAUUCCUGUGGAGAGGUCUGAGUGCACCUUCCUGUUCCUUGUAGGUCAGGAUGACCACAACUGGAAGAGUGAGUUCUACGCCAAUGAGGCCUCUAAACGCCUCCAGGCCCAGGGGAAGGCAAAGCCCCAGAUCAUCUGUUACCCAGAGGCAGGGCACUACAUCGAGCCCCCGUACUUCCCCCUGUGCCGGGCUUCCCUGCACGCCUUGGUGGGCGGUCCUGUGUUCUGGGGAGGGGAGCCCAGGGCUCAUGCUGUGGCCCAGGUAGAUGCUUGGAAGCAACUCCAGACUUUCUUCCACAAGCACUUGGGUGGCAAAGAGAGGAAAGUCCCCGCAAAACUAUAAUUUUUAUUUGAUUGUGUAGCAUCUCCUGGGACUAGCCGCCAGAAUUAGUAUAUAUUCUUUUUUUCUUGUAACUUCUUAGACUCCCCCACCCUACUGUUAAAUUGAACUUGCCAAUAAGAAUUGGCUUUUAAAUGUUUUAUAAAUUGCACGUCUCAUCAGUGUGGGAGGGAGUGAUUGUGCAGAAAACAUGAGAGGUGAUAAAAGCAUACCUCUUACUAUUGCACACAUGCCACCAACAAGGCUUCACUCAGAAAGGAAGGGGAAUGCUGAUUAUCAGUGCCUGCUCCACAACUGGAGUUCAAUAAUUAUUUGCUGGGGGGCCAGCAUUGUGGUGUAGCAGGUAAAUAUGCCACCUGCAGUGCCAGCGUCCCUUAUGGGCACCAGUUUGUGUCCCAGCCAUUCCACUUUUGAUCCAGCUCCCUGCUAAUGGCCUGGAAAGGCAGUGGAAAUUGGCCCAAAUGCUUGGGGACCCUGUACCCACAUGGGAAACCUGGAUGAAGCUCUUGGCUUUGGCUUGGGCCAGCCCUGGCCAUUGUGGCCAUUCGGGGAGUGAACCAGCAAAUGGAAGAUUUUCUCUGUCUCUCUCUCUCUCCCCCACUGUCACUGUCACUAUCACUCUUGCUCGCUAACUCUUUCAAACAAAAUAAAUAAAUGAUUUUUUUGAAAAAGCAUUAUUUGCUAAAUUACUGAAUAAUAGAGAAAUAAUUGCCUACUUUAAAAGAAAGACAUUGCAGUUAACCCUUCUUAUCUGUGGAUUCCAAAUCUGUGGCUUAAACCAACCACAGAUGGAAAAUUUUCAAAAAACCACAUGAAAUAUUGUUUACUAAACAAGCACAGACUUUUUUCUUGUUAUUGAUCCCCCAAAUAAUGUAGUAAAACACUAUUUCCAUAGCAUUUUCAUUGUUUGAGUUGUCCUUUGUCAUCUAGAGGUUUUAAAAUACCCAGAAAUGACUGCAAAUAUUAAAGCUGUUUUAAUAUCAGA